CGUCUGCCCGACUGAAAGACGCACGAAUUGUCAGUGUCUCGCUUCAACUUUUAUUUAUUUUACCAGGAAAUCAUAACUUAUAAUCUGUACGACUUUGACAGAGCGAAAUUUUUGUGAGUUUACAGUGGAUAAAUCCCCCCAGAUUGAUAGUGAAACAUGUGCUGAAGUGUUUUGUUUUGAUUUAUUCCUUAUCAGCAGCAUCAACAAGCAGGUUAGACAACGCUUGAACUGUCAGUUGAGCUUUCGACCGCAAGUUUAUCCGCAAGUUUGUUUCUUAAUUUUGCAGCUCUCACAUUUGUUUAAAGUGGAAGAUGAUAUUCGCGGAAUUUCUCUGAAUUUAAGCUCUGCCUUUUAUAAAUCGUUUUCCGAUUGUGAUUUCGUUAUCUCGUGCGUCGUGCCGUGCGUGACACUCGCGCCAUAUUUCCAGUAACACCUCGUGAAUAAUCAUUACAGCUAUUUCCGUGAUAAUUUUUAGUGCAUCCUUAAUUUUAUCGAAUUAAAAUCGGGUAUCUCUAUUUCAAACAAAACUUUGUGCGUAGGUAAUACUUUAACUGUGUGUUUUCAUACUCGACUCGCUGCGGGCGGCAUCAUCCGUUGGAGUGGCAGAUCUGUUAUCAUCACCCUCCCACAAGUUGCUUUUCCACCCACGCAGGCGGUCUGGGGGAUGGAUACGUCUCUGAAGCAACGGAACCCGUGGUGCACGGUGACUUCGGGUUAAUCGAAACAAAUUCCAUCCUUUCUUCCAACAUUCCCGAACCAAUUACGACAAGAAUGGUAACCAGUCUUGCUUUACCUUCAAUGGCGAGCUUCAGUGAAUAUCAAGGAGAUGAAAUAAAAUUCAUUGAUCUUAAGUCCAGCUGCAUCAACGAAUCUGGUUGAAAACGCAGACUUUCUGACAAACGCCAUUCAUCCGAGGUCAGCUGCAUCAUAAGACUGGCUUCCGUAUCCGUCGAUUUGCAUCCCUCACCUUCGUUAUGUGUCGUGUGCCGGAGCUCACUGCUUGAGGCAGCUACCAUCACGUCGCGCCGGUUGCCUACCUCCGCAGCUCCCUCUGAGCUCCCGUUUUUGCUCCAAAGCGGUGAGAGUAAACCAGAAAAAUUCCUCGCAAACUGGCAUCUUUCGAUGGGAACAAGCUCCCGGACAUCCCGGCCCCCGUCCGAUGGAUUAUCAGACGAACCCAACCUCCCGGGUUACACGGGCGGAGCGGGAGCGGAAGCGGGAGUGGGAGCGGGAGCAGUGAGGACCCGCGGAUGACGGCUGAGGCCGAGCCGGGGGCACCACCGAAGGAGCGCGAGCGCGAUGGUGACGGGAGCAUCAAGUGCUCCCAAGCCGCCGCCGCCGCCCCCACAGCCGCGCCCCGGGCCCGCGGGUUCCCGCCCGGCAUCGGCCAAAGCGACCGCGCCGACCACAAGGACUCGAGGGACCGCGACCGCGAGCUCUACGACCCGGAGUACGCCAGCAUGGAGGCCUGGCUCGACGAGCAUCCAGAGUUCGUCCAAGAUUAUUUCCUCAGGAAGGCUUCUCGUAACGUAGUGGACACGUGGGUGGUGUCGCACGCGACGUCGACGACGAGCCAUGGGCACGGUGGCCCGCAGGGACAGGGACAGGGGCAGCCGGGGGCCGAGCUGGGCUCGAGCGGUGCGACGACCCCCGUGCGGAAGAUCUCGGCCCACGAGUUCGGCGGCCUGGACACCCCGAUCGUGAACAAGAUCGCCGGGACCCCGACCUUCCUCUCCGUCACCACCUCCGUCGACGGCGGCGCCUCCGGACAGUCCUCCAGCAUCUUCGGCACCUCCUCCCAGGCCCGCACCCAGAGGCUCUCCAGGCACGAGCUCAAACACCUCGACGAGAAAGAACUCAUCUUCGAGCUCGUGAAGGACAUCUGCAACGAGCUCGACGUCCGAUCCCUGUGCCACAAGAUCCUGCAGAACGUGAUCACGCUCCUGCACGCGGACCGGGGGUCCCUGUUCUUGGUGCAGGGCGAGCGCGGCUACACGAGCUGCGGCCACUCCCACUCGCACAGCUUCAGCGAGCACUCCAACUCCAACAGUAUUAGCUCCAACUCCGGCGCCGCUGCCAGCAACGGCAACGGCCGCCCCGAGCAAGUUCCUGAGCGCGUCCUCGAGCACGCUUCCUCGCCCGGGAAGCUGGCCAAGGAGGGCGCCGGCUCCGUCGUCGUCGGCUGCCCCGUCACCGGCUCCACCAACGUGGGCUCCCUCGGGGCCUGCGCCCGCGACGCGGACUCCGACGUCUUCCCGCCCUCCGCCCACCCGAACCACCCCCACACCCACACCCACCCUCACCCUCGGCCGGACGACGGGGAGCUCUCCGACUCGGGCGACCCGCCCGGCUGCAGCUCCCGGGUCCUCGUGUCCAAGCUCUUCGACGUCUGCUCCAAGUCCACGCUUGAGGAGAUGGAGAAGAAGGAAGAGAUCCGGAUACCCUGGGGCGCCGGCAUCGUCGGCUACGUCGCCGCCAGUGGCCAGUCCGUCAACAUACCCGACGCCUACCAGGACGAGCGAUUUAACCAUGACAUAGACGCUCGGACAGGCUAUAAAACACAGUCUAUGUUGUGUAUGCCCAUCAAUGACUUCAAUGGCGACGUAAUUGGUGUAGCUCAGGUUAUUAACAAGCAAGGUGAUUCAGCAUUUACGCCCAAUGAUGAAAAAGUAUUCGAGAGUUACUUACAAUUUUGUGGUAUUGGUUUGCGAAAUGCACAGCUGUAUGAAAAAAGUCAGUUAGAAGUGAAACGAAAUCAGGUAUUAUUAGAUUUAGCUAGGAUGAUAUUUGAAGAACAAAGUACAAUAGAGCACAUGGUUUUUCGAAUUUUAACUCAUAUGCAGUCUCUAAUUCAAUGUCAAAGGGUUCAGAUAUUAUUGGUUCAUAAAGCAUCAAAGGGAAGUUUUUCUCGAGUCUUUGAUUUUGAAGCAAGUGAUCUCGAAACAGAGGAUAGCGAAGAACGAACUAGUCCAUUUGAAAGCCGUUUUCCUGUGAAUGUUGGUAUUACUGGUUACGUUGCAACUACAGGUGAGACUGUAAACAUUGUAAAUGCGUAUGAGGAUGAAAGGUUUGAUCCAGCUGUGGAUGAAAAUAGUGGUUUCAAACAUAAAAAUAUUCUCUGUAUGCCGAUAAAAAAUGCCUCCGGUCAAAUAAUUGGCGUUAUUCAGUUAAUUAACAAAUUUGAUGAUCUCUCUUUCACCAAAAAUGACGAAAACUUUGUCGAAGCAUUUGCAAUUUUUUGUGGAAUGGGAAUCCACAACACGCACAUGUACGAAAAGACUGUGAUAGCAAUGGCAAAGCAAAGUGUCACUUUAGAGGUUCUUAGUUACCAUGCCUCAGCAACUUUAGAAGAUGCGCAACGACUCAAUAGUUUAUAUGUUCCAUCAGCUGCUACAUUCCGAUUAUACGAUUUCAAAUUUGAUGAUAUAAACAUGGAGGAUAUGGACACGCUCAAAGCUUGUCUAAGAAUGUUCAUGGAUCUGGGACUCAUGAGUUCAUUUAAUAUAGACAAAGAAGUCUUAUGUCGCUGGUUGCUGAGUGUAAAGAAAAACUAUCGAAAUGUGAUUUAUCAUAAUUGGAGGCAUGCAUUCAAUGUAGCUCAAAUGAUGUUCGCUAUCAUUACGGCAACGCAAUGGUGGAAGCACUUAAUCAUCGAUGAAAUCGAAUGCCUUUCACUGAUGAUUGCCUGUUUAUGUCAUGAUCUCGACCAUCGUGGAACUAAUAACUCCUUCCAAAUAAAAGCUUCUUCGCCCCUGGCACAACUAUAUUCUACGUCAACCAUGGAGCAUCAUCAUUUUGAUCAAUGUGUUAUGAUUCUAAAUAGUCAGGGGAACCAAAUUCUUAGCAACAUUUCAUCAGAAGAGUAUUCCAGAGUUAUUAAAGUUUUAGAAGACGCAAUUUUAUCUACAGACUUGGCUGUAUAUUUCAGGAAACGAGGGGCGUUCUUGAAUCUUGUCAAGGAGAGGGAGUAUGACUGGUCAAAAGAAGAGCACAGAGAGUUACUGCGUGGUAUGACAAUGACAGUCUGUGACUUAGCUGCCAUCACAAAGCCAUGGGAUGUCGAGAAAAGGGUUGCUGAACUUGUUUCAAGUGAAUUCUUUGAGCAAGGAGAUAUUGAACGGGAGGAACUGAACAUAACCCCCAUCGAUAUCAUGAAUCGAGAGAAAGAAGAUCAAUUACCAAUGAUGCAAGUUGGAUUUAUAGAUUCCAUUUGUCUACCUAUUUAUGAAGCAUUUGCUGAGCUGUCAGAAGAAUUAGAGCCCUUGGUUGAAGGUGUCCGCGAAAAUAAAAAAAACUGGCUUGAUUUAGCAGAGGAACGGAGAAGGCACAAUUGUCAACAACAACAGCAACAAACAACUGUCAAUGAACAGGUCGUUCCUUCCAGUUAGGAGUUCUCAUCUUGAAUUUUAAAAUAAAAUUUGUAAGUCAUAAUAUUGUGAUGUUUUUUAGGCUAUGAAUUUCUACUUGUAAAUUUUAGAGGAGGAAAAAAUAAUGGAUCUUAAUUUAAACUGAAUUUGUAAAUCAUCAAACUCAUCCCAGAAAAAGAAGAUGUGAUGCAGGAGGUUACUUUGAAGUACAUUAAUUUGAUCAAGUCAUUUCCUUCUAUGUCAAAUCAAUUCCUAGAGAAAUACAAAGCUAGACAAUGACGUUUUAUUAUUUUACUACUAUUUCUGCUCUCUCUAGCAAGCAGGAACUUCAUAACUAGCAGCUUCACAGGAUUUUAAUUUUGGUUAGGUAGGUACCCAAUUCUUUCUUCCAUUUCCUUCGUUACCUAAAUUGUACCUGUAAUUUCAUGAAGUGACCUGAGUGACUCUUCAUAAUCAAUUUUUGACUUGUGAUACACCUGUAAUCAUGAAUAUUACUCGUUGUUUCUUAAAGGAUGUGAAUAGUGAAAAAUGUUUAUUUAUACCUCUCACAACCAAAUGUAGUAGUCAAAAGCAAGAGGCUGUCGUAACCUUUAGCGAUAGCUGGAAUACAUUAACGGUGAAACUCCCAAACCUUGUAUUUUGUUUGAGGUGUUUUAAAAUCCCCCCUCUCAUUUGAUGUAUUGGAAGGGGAACAAUUCAACAUCAUUCCCUGAAGUUUUCACAGAGAUUUCUCUGUAUCUAUCAGAAAAUCACAGAAGUUUUCUAGAAUUGAUGUCUUUCCAUCUGUAAAAUAAAGUUUAAUUGGAAGUCUGGAACAUUGCAAACCGAGAUACAUGGUUUUGGAGUUUCAUUGUCGAUAAUAUGAUUCCUUUUGGUAGGUUGUUAUAAAAUUACAAUGGGUCGCGAGGAAGCAAUGUAAAACUCACUUCUUACCCUCACAAUUUAUCUUAGGAAUUUGUGCCCUCUCGGACCCCUCCCUACUAAAAUACCUCCCAUUGACAAGGAACCAUAAUUUCUUAUCUUUGAAAAAAGGGUAGAUUAGUGGAAAUCUGCAUCAAAUUACAUUUUUGCCGCUACACAGGGUAAUCCAGAAAUCCCGCACCACCAGCACCAUGUAUCAUCCCUGUAACUUUUGAACAAAUUCAUACAGAAACUUGAAAUUUUAUAAAUACUCCUGGGACAGAGGGAACGACUUUUGGGAACUCGCAAAAUUUAAGAGGGAUCACUUCGAAAUGGGACUAAAACCUCAGGGUGAAUAGGAGUGUUGCAGGAAUUUUGGAUCACUCUGUCUACUUUUUAUAGCCUUAUACCCAAAUUCUGCUGAUUCCCCACCCAACUUGUGAGUUGAUAAAUAAAUUAUGUAUUAUUCUAUUGUGCUCGGCAAGAUUUUUAAGCGAUUGUGUGGAGGGGAUAGUUCUUAUCAUAGAAUUUAGAAUUGUUUGCAAUAUAGUCCAUUAUAGAACAUCUUCAAUUUCUGCAGACAGCCAUUCUGUAGCAAUAAGGCUGCUCAAUGCAACCUUGUAGACUUUUUGCUACGAGCCAAAUGCAUGUGCAUUAAAUUUUUGAAAACCAGAUCUACUCGUAGUUGAAAUGGAAGAUAUUCUUCCAAUAACAUCAUGACGCAUAUACCUUCAUUACUUGGCUUGAGAAAAGAGAAAUAAAGACAGUGCAAGUUAAUUUGCUUACCUUCCACAUGAUUUGUUUUGUUCUCAAAAGGAACUCAAUUUACACUCAUUUACAAAAACUGUUCAAGUAUGACAACAGAAAGUUUACCUCACUAAAAACUCCUUUACUCCCUUAAUUUUGUGAGAAAUGCAGACAUCUUUCCGUAGAACCGCAGCUGGCUGUUUUCUCUUUCUCUGAUUCAGUGUAAUAUUUGGAGCUUAGGACUGAAUUUCUAUUCCCCUGGUUCAUGUUAUCACCAAUUUCAGCAUUUACUCUGCUUGCUUCAAUGCCUCUAUGACGAAAUUCAGUAUGCUUAUUUCAUGUUGAACUCAUUUUGGGACCAAUGAUGAUUUCUGCAAUUAGUUCAACACUUAUCAAUAGUAUUUUGAUGAAAAUUUUAGUGAAGGUUUAUCCGUGAUACUGGAGAGUAUAUGUUAUUUUAAGAUCCUCAUGUAUAGCGCUCAGUACAGAUGUGUGAGAACCACUAACAUAACAAGCAUUAGGUGGUUGACAAAUAUGUUUUACAAACGUAUGCAACAAAUUUGUGUAUUGAAAACAUACUGUAGUAAAUUAGAGUAUCAGAGCUCUUCACUGUUGUAAAUUCUUCAUUAACAAAAAGGAUGACUAAAUAGUUUUUGUGCAACUAGAUACUCCUGAUCUUCUAAGGCCGUCCACAUCUAUUCUUCGUUUUCCGAAGGUUUUAGUUGCUGUUCUGAAACAGCUAUUCCUAUACGUUAGGUUGUAGCAAAAUGUAUAAUAGCAGAUUUUGCUGCUGAUAAUGAUUCCCAAAAAUGUCUCCCUUCUCAAACUAAUCUACGAAUUUAUUUUGAAAUGCGGGUGUACGAUUUUAUUUAAUAUUUUAUGAAAUUCAGAUUUUAACUCCGUUUUCAGUACCUAGUUUAGUCUAUUUUGUUUACAUUAACUUCAAAUGAGAAAUCUACCAAAGAUGAUUUUAUAAUUAAGCAGCGAAUUCUUCUCUGAAAUUUUCUUUACUGAUUUUAUUAUCUCGUUGAUUCUUUUCUAUUCUAUUUUUUUAAUUGUGUAUUUUAUUCUUGUCCCUUUUUUACGUUCUAUUCCAUUUGAUCAUGCUUGUGUGUUCAAAUCAUCAGUAAUCAUUCAUCAUCCCCAGAAUUUGUCCCUGCCUACAGUUGUAUUUCAAUUAUUUGGACAAUCCACAAUUGUAAUUAUCUGGAUCUAUUGUGCAAGUACUAUCUAACCAUAGAUCUGAAAAAAAAUUUAAACUUUGAGAAAAACUAUUAAAAAAAAAUCAGAAUUUGAAAAAAAAAAAAAUUCCGAAAAAUGCUGAUUAAUAUUAAUGCAACAUGAAGGAAAUUCUUACAAGUACAUAAAGUAGCAGUCCAUGUACAAACAUUUUUCAUCGGUCCUGGGACAAUAUUGUUCCAAUUUUUAAGUAUCCAGAUAGUUACAUAUCUUGAACAGCCCAAGAUGGAUCAAUCCAAAUAAUUGAGGAAGCAUUUUAGUUUCCAUUUAAUUUGAUCCUAUUUAUUCCUGGUUGUUUUUCAAUUUGUGUUUAGUGCUGUUUUAUAUGUUCAUGUUUUUAUUUUUAUUCUUAUUUUUUCAACUGUAAAAUAUUUCCACAACCCGGUUAACGUACAAUAAUUCAAAUUUGUAUUCUGUCUUACAUCCAUCCAUGUGUAAUGAUUGUUUGUUUGCAACAAGUCUCAAUUUUAUUCAGAACAUUUGUUGUAUUUUCUGUUUUAAUGAAAGCCUGAAAAUCAGUUAGAAUACUUCGACAAUUAAAAAGUGAGAAAGGCUAUUGUGGCAGGCAGUUAUUUUAAGUUUCGCUGUCAGAACUCGCUCCAAAUAAUUUGCUGGUUUACGAAGAUAUUGUCAAAGAUAAGCCAAUGAAAGUAAAAUGUAUCAAAAUAAUAUUGAAAUAUGUAGAAGUGUUUUUUGUGAAAAUAGAGGGAUCUUUAUUAUGCUAUUGAGACUUUGAGAAAGAUUUCUCUCACAAUAUCAAAUUAAAUCUUCGUAGCUUUCGUCUAAUUUUUAGUUUUUUCUGGUUCAUCUAUUUAUUAUAUCAAGAUUUAUAGAAACUAUAUUUUGUUCAAGAGUGCUGAGAAGUUUUUGAUUCCAAGCUAGUGGCAUUUAUUUUCAUUCUAACUGCCUUAUAUUCUUCAACAUUUUUAUCGUUCUGUAAUUUCUUACUGACAACUAACAAGUAACUACUUUUAAAAUUUUCCCCCAUUUGGUUUUCACAUGCAAUUCUGUGCUAAAAUUUAUUUUGCUUCCUUUAAUCUCACAAGAAAAUCUUAAAGAAAAGAAACAAUUGAAACUGAGUCUCUCUGAUCUAAAAGAAAAAAAAUCACCUCACUAUAAAUUAUUAAUCAUUUAAAAAAAAUAUAUGAAGUUCCUAAUGCUAAUUGCAAACCUGGUCAAAAGAACCAAGUACAGUAUUUAUAACAACCUACUACCUAUAACUAGUUUUAGUCAUUUCCUGAAAUUAAUUCAUUCUUUUAUUAUGUAAGCUAACUUUAAUAGUGUUAGAUGUCCUGCUUGGGGACAUUUAUGUCGAAGAGACACCUGUGAACUUUCUGAAUUGAUCGGAAUGAAUUUGACAUUUUCUCAGCCUUAUACCUUGGAAUCCUAGGAAUUUUGUAAAAUUAAACCUGGCCAUUUUCACAGGAAAAACCAUACCCUUACAGUAGAGCAUGAUGUAGUAUAGAACAAGUAAAUGAAGGUUGCAUUGUCCACCCAAAGCAUGAUUUUUAUCUGCUCAAACUGCAUUGAAAAGUUUUUCAAGGAUAAUUGGUACAACCAUUGAAAUCAACCCUAGAAAAGUUAGUUGGUUUACAAAAAAAAAAAUGUAAAAAUUUACCUUUUUCAUGGUUAUCCUUCUUCCACUAGUUUUUUUUUUACUCUUACUAAUCAUUCAGGUCAAAAAGUUUUAAUAGUAAGAGUGAUUGAGGUGCUCAGAAUUUAAAGGAUUAGUUUCGAUUUACACCAGAGCUACUGAUAGAUUAUAAACCCAUUUCAAUUCUCAAAUUCGCAUCGAUGUUGAAGGGCGAAUAACCAAAUAAGGAAAACUGUGUGCUCUUCACAAAGCAGCUUUCAGCACCUAUCCACCCAUUUUUAAAUACCCGCUUGGAAAAUGCUUGCAGAAAAGGAAGCAAAAACAUCAUGAAAAUGCUGCGGCAACGUUUUUGUAACCUUUACAGCCACUCUUUGCUGGGUGGGCAUGGAGCAAAUUGUUCUCUUUAAGAGGUACUAUGCUUUAUGUUGGAUUGUACAAAAUGUGAGCUGUUUAAAAACCAAUUAAAUGUUUGAAUGUAGUGUAGAUCUCUUGUUGAUGAUUCUUCACCAUGUUUUUGUAAAAUACAUAAGCUCUUCAAAUUAAUUACGGUAGUGAGGUGUAAGAAUCUUCCCGUCUUUCAUAAACUAGGCCAUUAAAGCCUCUUUCCGUGGAGAUUUAGUCUUUAAAAUUGUGAAUGAAACUAAUUUGAGUGACCUUAUGAAGGCUUAAUUCCUAUGAUCAUGGAAAUCUUUCAGAUUAAACCCAUCUUGUUGUAUUUGUUGAUAAGGACCAUGUUACUUUGUACCUUAAAUUUCAAUUCUAAGUAUUUUUCCUCAUAAUUUUAAGGCUUCAUAUUAUGUGUUUAAUUUGUAUAUAUUUAAUGACAGUAGACCUUUGUAGUAUGUUGUAUUUAUUUUAGAGUGAAUCUGAUUCCUAUCUUUGGAAGAAGAUACACACUUCAAAUACUAAGUAAUUCAAUGGGAAAUACACCCAAAUUUUCCGAUCCAACUUUGUACCAAAAUUCUGAGAGAAUUAUCCAAAAAAUAUCCAAAAAUACCGUGUUUAUUUUGAAUGCUGUGUAAUGAGAGUAAUGACAGUUGAGAAAAAUCUGAGAUUAUUCUUCCAUUCUCGCAUAUAUUGCCGACAUCAAUUUGAGGAAAAGAAAAAAACAGUGUAUCCAAUCCACCGCCAUUUUUGGCAUUCUGAAGCAUGUAUUCUUUGUGAAGAAAGCAAGCAAAUUUUUUUCAGAAUGCAAAAAUGUACACUAGAUUGAGUUGUACUGAUUUUUUUGUUUUUCUCAUUUUUUUGAGAUCACAUAUUUUGCGUUUGCAAAUUUAAAAAUGAUCGGCCCAAGCCUUUCUUAACUCAUUGAUGUUUUUUCAAAGAACCUUCACAAAGGUCAUCUAUACUGAGACCUAUUGAUAAUGGUUUUAUAAUAUGAUUCAAAUGGCAUCUUAUUGUACACCGUAAUUUUUAGAAGAAAAAAAAUUAGCAGGCUUAUAAGAACUGUUCUGGAAAUUGAUAAUUUGUGCUAAAAAUGCAAGAUGCAAAGAGAAAAAAAUUAUGAAAUAGCAGAAGGUAACUAGAUGCUCCGUCCACAAUGCUUUUCAUCACAGCAUUAAAUCUCAGUAUAAGAUCAGAGCUGUAAUUUGUUCAUGAGGUGCAUUUUUUUAAAAGGAAAAAAGAAGUGCUGUCAUCAGUCUGCUCCAUUAAUAUGAAAUAAGUUUGCAAUGGAUUGUCUCUGUUCCUGCACAAUUUUCAUGAUCGGGAAAUACUCUAUCACAUCACUGAUUCUUUCCUUUGUCUUGCCUGAUCCUUGUAAUCAUUUUUGUACGUAAGCUGAAAUUUUCUACUGGAAAUGAGGAUGUCAUAAGUUGUCAUUUAAGAAGAUUGUUUUCAGCCUUUUGAGUAAUUCUUUGACUGCUCCAAAAUGGAAUUUAAACUUCCUCCUCCUGUAAUUCAUAUCAUCCUCCUUUUUGUGCAGGUUCUUUGAUAACAGAUGAAACCUCAAGUCAAGGUGAAACUUGUAGACAUUAGUAUUUUUUAUUGGUUUGGCAAAGGUGAAGCUUAAAACCCUGAACUUAGUGAAUAUGAAAAUUUAUCAUUUUGAAAAAGAUAAGUGUUUUUCAAACCGGUGCUGUGUAUUUUAAUUAUCACCUUUUUCCCCUCUCUCUCUCUCUUCCUUUUUAGACCUAUAACUAACUUAUGAUUUUCUCUUUUGCUUGAUAUGACGAUUGCUCAGGGGGAGACAUAAUUUCCUUUUAUGACUCAAUGUUUUCUUACCCUGCCCAGGUGUGUGAUGGACCAAUUGCGUCGUAGGGCCAUGCUUCUCAAAGUAAUCAAUCAACUUUCUAAUUUAGUGGCUUUCUUUGUUGCUGAAAAAAUCGUUUCUAUUUCACGAAAAAAAUUGUUUCUGUUUCUCUAAAAAAUUCCGUGCUCAGCAAUAUUCAGUUCUUUUGUUAGUGUAUUUUCCAAAGGAAAUACACCUUUUUUUUACAUCCUUAAAUUAUUUCGAAUUUUUCUCUGUUAAGUGUGUAUUCUUCAACUGUAUAAAGUAAAUUUUUAUUUGUUGAACAAUCUAAUUGUUCAUUAAUGAAAUAAAUGAUGAGUUGAUAUUUAAAGUAUAAUUGAAAUACUUGUAUUAAAAAUAUUCCCAUCUCA